AUGGAGAAUGGUCAGCAGUAUAGAAGUCAGUAUGGAUCCCCCCAGCACAUCCCAGCUCCCUCCUACCCCGUCCCCCCCGCGGCCUACGGCUUACAGGGAGGCGACAAGGGUGCAGCCUACCCCCCUCAGCCUGGCUUCCAGGGAGGUCCCCAAGCCGGCAUGUACCCACCACCUCCCCAAUACAGCACGGGCAUGGCACAACCUACAAACACCCCUGGGGUAACCCAGGUGGUGGUGAUGCAGCAGCCGCUGCUAAGAGACGUACCCGGCCAGAUGACGUGUCCCCACUGUCAGGUCCAGGUUCUGACAGAGACCACACACAUCGCCGGGAGUCUCGCCUGGCUCAUCUGUGGAGUCCUCUUCUGCUUCCUGUGCAUGAUAUUCUCUUGGAUUCCGUUCUGUGUUGACUCCUGUAAGGACGUAGAACACCGCUGCCCCAACUGCAAGACAGUGAUCUACAUCCACAAACGCAUGUGA